CGAACCAUUGGGGAGAACUCAAUCCAAAGUGGAGUACGUGUAAUAAUGGAGACAUGCAGUCACCAAUUGAUCUCACUCAUAAAAGAGUCCAGACAACAUCCAAACUCGGAAGACUUGAUAGAGAUUACAAGCCCGCUAAUGCAACACUUAUUAAUCAGCGCCAUCACCAUGAUAUGAUGUUGACAUGGGUCGGGGAAGCCGGGCAUAUUCAUAUAAAUGGAACCGAGUAUCAGCUUGAUCAAGCCCACUGGCACACCCCUACUGAACACACCAUCAAUGGCCGAAGAUUUAAUCUCGAGCUACACCUGGUUCACAAAAGUAUAGAUGCAAAGGUUGCAGUGGUUGGAAUCCUAUACAAAAUUGGUCGCCCCGAUUCUUUUUUAGCCACGAUGGAACCAUAUUUAAAAGAAGUGUCCUCUAUAAGAGAUGUUGAAAAAAGUGUGGGAAUAAUAGACCCCCGACAAAUUAAAUUUGGGAGUAGAAACUAUUAUCGAUAUAUUGGCUCACUUACUACGCCACCAUGUACUCAAAGUGUUAUUUGGACCAUUGUUCAAAAGGUGAGAACAGUUUCACCGGAACAACUGCGUAUAUUCCGUGAAGCAAUCUACGAUGAAUUAAAAGCUAACGCAAGACCUGUUCAAGACUUGAAUAAUCGUUGGUUGAAGCUUUACCAACCAGACAACUACGAUGAAACAGAUUAGAGCUCCGACCGGAUUGGUUUUCAACUCAGCAUGGACACAUUAUUUAU